AUGGCAGUCACAGAUAGUUCACUCAGCUACGUGAUGGGGAGAGAGCUGCCUGGACCUUGGAAGAGCUGCAUUCAACGUCUAGAAGAGUGUGCUUCGAAGUAUGCUAACGAGACGGCCGUCGUUUGCGCACAUCAGCCGCAAGACCUCUUCGACAUAAAGAGCCAACCUUUGGACAGCACAGAAUACACCAAGUCGCCGUAUCUUCGAUGGACAUAUCGAGAAUUCUACGCUCUGGUCGAGCGGCUGGCCCGCGCACUUGCUGCUACUGGCGUUGGGCAAGGCACGCCUGUGUUCACCUUCCUUCCAAAUGGAGCUGAGUUCCUCGUUAUUCUCUUCGCCUCGAUGCGACUGGGAAGCUCACUAGUACCCAUCAACGUUCGAAAUUUGACCAACACACAAGAAGUCACACACAUGAUCAAGACUGCCUUCCUCGAGUGCCCCUCUAAAGAAGCUGUUAUAUUCGCAGAUUCGCCAGAGACAGCCGCUAAGUUAGAAGAGUUCAAGCAACUCGCCAACGCGCAACGGGUCAUCACUAGCACCGAGAAUUGGCAACAAUGGACUGCUUUUGUAACGGUAUUACAGAAUUUCAAAGUCGAACAACCUCUCCCCGAUUAUCGAAACUUCAUGCCGACAGACACGGAUAGCGUCAUCCUCUUCACGAGCGGCACAACAAGCUUACCGAAAGGAUGCCAUUGGCACUAUCCUUCCCUGGCCUUCUUCAUCCAUUCACGAGAACAAUUAGGAGACAAGUUUGGAGCAAAGAAUGGAGAUGCUUUUGCUGCAUUUGCACCCAACAACCACGCUAUGGGCUGCUUCCUCGUAGUCAUGGCUCUCGGUACGGGUUCUUGCCAGGUCUAUCCCACAGCAUACUUCGAGCCGACUACAUUCCUGAAGAUCGCGCAGGCGGAGCGGUGUACACAUACCAUUGCUGUUCCCACAAUGGUAUAUGCGAUGGUGCUCGCAAAAGCGACUCAGAAGCUCAAGCUCGACCACCUAAAGACCGUAUUGCUUGGCGGUGCGGCAGUCACACCUGAAGUUCUGAGACUUUGUGAAACCGAACUAGGUGCCGAUGGUUGUGAGGUCGCCUAUGGAAUGACAGAAGGGCCUAUCGUGUUUUCUGGACGCUGUUCUGUAGAAGAAUUGACCAACGCCAACGGAGAAACGUCUUGUGGCACAGUCCUACCCGAAACGCGAGUUAAGAUUUGUGCUCCAGGAUCACACGAGCCCGUUCCUCGUGGCGAAGUUGGGGAACUGCAUAGUAUGGGACCAACCGUAUGCGCCGGUUACAUCGGAAAAGACAGCGAAGAGUACUACGAUGAAGAUGGGUUCAGAUGGUGUGCAUCCGGCGAUAUGGCGCGUAUCGAUGAACACGGACGUGUCUUCAUCGUUGGGAGGUACAAAGAGAUGAUCAUCCGAGGCGGCGAAAAUAUCUCACCUGUGGCGGUCGAAACAGUAAUUGGCCAACAACUGCCACAUCUCAGGGACCUGACCACACAGAUAGUGGGCGCUGCAGAUGUUAUCGCCGGGGAAGUACCGGUUGCCGUCGUUGCACAAAAGCCAGAUACUGAAACGAUCAAAGAAAUCAAGGACACGGUGGUUGCGACUAUGGGUCGCAUAUAUGCCAUUGACGAUGUCAUCUACUUGGGUGACCUUGGCCUGCAAGAUUUCCCUCGAACGCUCGCAGGGAAGGUCCAGAGAAUGAGACUCAAAGAAUUGGUUCAGAAGUACCGCAAGCAAAAUGAGCAACAGAAUGGCUUCACGAAUGGCUGUACAGAUUCGAGAUUGACUGAUGAACUCCUAUCUGUAUGGGCACGUAUCGUAGGCGCGUCUCUAUCAGACAUAACACUCGAUACAUCGCUUGAAGAUAUGGGCGAUAGCAUCACGAUGAUGCGCGCGAAGGAUCGACUCUUCAAAAUGACCGGGGUUGAUCUCACAGUCCGCGAGAUGCUCGAUUCCAAGACCCUAGGCGGUUUACUUCGCAUUCUAGAAGACCGAAUUUCCUCGAUAGCUGCAGACCCCACUGAAGGUUUCAAACCUAUGAACAACCCGCCCACAAUUGAUCACAUGGUACAUGCAGUGGAUGACGAGGAGAUCUUCGAAGCCACCAGACGAGUGAUCACAGAAGCGUUGGAGCCUCAUGGACUGCAGUGGGAGGACGUCCGCGACGUGAUGCCCGCGCUUGACUUCACAGAGGUGGCAGCAAAGAAGGGUAUCUUUUCCCAAUUUACCCUCAAGGGCGCUAUGCUGGCAAGGAAUAAAUCCGUGAAGGCAUUACGGGCCGCAGUCGUAAAGGCUGUAGCCAACAAUCCGAUGCAGUCUUCUUUCAUCCUCUGGGACGACGCUGCGCUCGGUGACGAUCUUGCGCUGCAGGUCACUGUUGACCUGAAGCCGGACUUCAUAGAAAAGCUCAUCGAAGACAAGGGAAGUCUGAAGACCGUCGCUGAAUUGAAGCAGCUUACGCACGAUAUGAUGCAGGUACAGGGCACAGAAUACCCCGGACCACUAUUCCGAGCUUGGGUCGUGCAUGUCGAAGAGACGCAGUGCGCGGCCUUGAUUCAUAACAUCGAGCACACUGUAACCGACGCGACAUUCGGCUCAUUGUUUUGGGAAGACAUUGAUAUUGCACUGAGUGGAAACGCUCUGAAGCCUCACGUCCCUUAUAAACUCUAUUGCGACCACUUCUACAACAUGCGCACUUCACCCGCCGCGCGCGCAGCUACCAAAUAUCAUGUGCAGAGGCUCAAAGACCUGCCAAAGCACCGAGCGCAUUUCUUCCCACCGCUCGAUAAACCCAUGCUACUUGAGGACGGAAAGCCAGACGGCUGUAUCCACACUUUCUCCGCCAGCAGCCUGAAUGCUCUAAUGCGAAAGCAUCCCCAUCUCAAGCCGUCGCUAGUCCUCAAAGCAGCCACUAGUCUCUUACUCCUCCACACAACCAACCACUCCCACGCCAUCUUCUCCCACUGGGACUCAAGCCGCGACAAAUUCCCCUUCAUCACAAAGUACUCUACCCUCCCUGCGAAUGUCCACGCCAGCGACGUCGGCGGCCAGCUCAUCAACCCCAUCCUCGACCUCAUCUCCCUCCAUCCGGGCGAGUCAAAACUCGCCUUCCUCUCCCGCCUCCAAGAAGAGCAGCUCCUACAAAGCAAGCACGCCGCCGCGCCCCUCAAAGAAAUCAUGCGCGGCUUCGACGCCGAAACCGCAGGACUUUUCCCCCAUUACAGCACCGAGUGCGUGUACAAUUGGCUAGGCACGAACAUCAAAGGCACAAACGCGUACGAGAACCUGGACUUUGUGGAGGCGGUCAAUCGGAGGGAUGUGCAUCGAUUUUACAAUGGGGCUAGCUUGGUGAGGGAUGGGAGGGGGAACGAUUCUGUCGUGCUGCAGAUUAAGGGGAGUGUUUUUACCAUUGAGGAGAUGGAGGAGUUCGGGAGGAAGAUUGAGAGGGUGGCGGAGUGGUUGAUGGGGGAUUUGGAGCGGCCUGUUGAGGGGUUUGGGGAAUGUUUUUAG